AUGGCGUACGACGACGACGUUGCGGCGCUCCGCUACCUCGACGCCAACGCCGACUCCCUGCCGGCGGCCCACGUCCCCGUCGACCUCUCCAGCUGCUUCCUCGUUGGCGACAGCGCGGGCGGCAAUAUCACGCACCACGUGUCGCAGCGCUGGGCGGCGGCGUCCGCGUCCGCGUCACUGCCCGCGAACCUCCGCAUCACCGGCGCUGUCCUGAUCCAGCCGUUCUUCGGCGGGGAGGAGCGGACGGUGGCCGAGGUGGCGCUGGAUGGGGUGUCCGCGCCGUCGGUGGCGGGGACCGACCACUACUGGAGGGAGUUCCUGCCGGAGGGCGCCACGUGGGACCACGAGGCCGCACGCGUGUGCGGCGAGGGCGUCGAGCUCGCCGACGCGUUGGCUAUGCCCCCAGGCGGCGGUUUCCACCAGCUCGGCCGUGGACAUGCUGGCGAGGCUACCGAAGCUGACGUAGAGCACGGACGUCGGGGCUUGCGCGUCGAGCCACUCAAGGCAGCCACGGUCUUGCAAGAGCAGGCUGCUCGAGGCCGCUGGAGAGAGCUUGUGGAGCGGGCCGAUGUCGAGCACGGGCACGCCAAGGUCUCGCCGGAGCGACGCGAGCUCGCCGGACUCGAGCGCAUCCAUGGUGUUGAGGAUGAGGCCCAAGGAGGUCGUCACAGCCGUCACUAUACGGGAAAUCACCUCGCUUAUUACGCCGUGAUAGGCUCUGGUGGUGGACGAAAAGUCCCGGACGUGCAAGGCGCCCAGGCGCUCCCGGAACGGAGCCUCGCAGGCGCGGUUCAUGGCGAGGAUGUGCUCAAGGACUGGCAGGCUAGGUACGUGGAGGAGCUGCGCGGGAAGGGGAAGCCGGUGCGGGUGGUCGAGUACCCCGACGCUGUCCACGGCUUCCACGCGUUCCCGGAGCUCGCCGACUCCGGCAAGUUCGUGGAGGAGAUAAAUCUGUUCGUCCAAGACCAUAGCUCCACCAACACCAAGCGUGCCGUCUAG